UCCCUCAGCUCCCUGUUGGUUCGCGCAGCUUGACCACGCCAAGAAACCAGUCACUGUUUCCAUAGACCUUAGCACUAAACGGGCAGGCUCUUCAUGCGUAACAUUAGGAGGUACCAACACGUGCGAACCAUAUACUCUCGCUGCAUUCUCCACUGCUGUGGCUCAACCAGACGAAACUUACUCACCUUUAUCGCCUCGACAGUCGCAUCAACCAUAGUAUCAAUGCAGCGACCGACUACUGCUCAUCGAUGUGGCCCAUGUAACGCCCGAGAGGCUGCCAGUCAAUGAGGCUGUCACGCCGAGUUUCAGAUUCAGCGAGCAAGGCCUGGCGCACAAUACCGAUGUCGCAAGCGGAUUCAUGCUCGACACCUUCGGCGACAUCACCAGCCGACGACUGGAUCUCUGUCAGGAAUCCCAGCGAGCGAAGGCGCAUCCAGAAUCGUAUCGCUCAGCGCAAAUAUCGUAGGACGUCUCUGCGUUGUUGGGUGCAUGGGCUCGCUGACCGUCAGACAGGCGAGAAGGCUCGCUUCGAGCGAGAGACUGCCGAGCGCGACGCGGAAAACGAACGUCGAUGUGGUGGCGCAUACACUACACCAGACCCAGACGACAUAGAUGCAGGCGAUGUAGCAGGUUUGCCGUGGGGAGGCAUUCCGCUCCGGCAUGUGGUAUCGGCAGGCAAAGCGAAGGAGCAGAGCUCGCGAGAGACUUCGCUUCAUGCAGCAAUAUCGCAGACAAGGUCCAGCUCACGGCUAGGCCUACACCUCCUCGAUCAAUACGCGAGAGGAAGCCCUGCUUGGACGGCAUGGCGGCACCUCGUGCCGUUUGCGCAUAGCCAGCAACUACUGCAGCCUCCGACGUCAACACCAUUCCGAGAUUGCACGCCCCAAGAAAGGCUAAGGAACGACGGGUGACGCCUGAGACGGUAUGACCGCUGGCCGUUCCUCGACCAUGACGCUACGGUGAAGCCAUGGCGAGCUGUUCAGAAGUUCUAACAGUGCCGGCGAUCGCAGAGACUACAGGGACUGACCUUGGAAACAGUCGUUGAGUUGGUGAGGUGUUGAUUUCGCAUUGCGAAGUUGGGCAUCAAUCGUGCCACAUUGACUUCAUGUGCUUUACCCGCAGUAUCACAAACCCACCGUGACUGCUGUGAUUAGGGUGCCUCGAGGAAGACGGAGUAUGGGAGGCUUUUUUGACAGGCCAACGUUACACAAAAUCGCAGCAUAGCCGGUAUCAUCGCUCUGAACUUGGCAGAACUGCGCAUCCACAUACAGAUGUGAUUGUGUUGGUGAUCGAGCAGUUUGACCAACCAGCGUUGCUAGAAUAAGCCCCACAGCCACCCGGCUGUUCGCGGAGAUGCGGCGUGCGCGUCGGCUUCGGUCAACCGUUUGCAGACCUCGC